UGCUGCAGAAACCAGUCCUUACAAACCGAGGGGUUGUAAUUUCGGCCAUUCGUGUUGACACCGUGCCGAGACUAGAAAAUUAAACAGCUACAUCGAGGAAACUGGACAGCGCGUGAUCAAGCUGUUCCGUAUUUAACACUGUCAGUCUAAAGUAAAGCCGGGGGAAAGAUUUAGGCGGAAAAAAGCACUGACAGGCCGGAGAAGGACUGGUGGGAUAACUAUGGCAGUACAAAUGUAGAAAUCGACAAGCAAAAUUAACGUAUGUGUUGUAAAUAUUUAAAGAUCCGUCUCUCGUAAAAGGGAAGAUGCAUCUCCACCAGGUGCUGACUGGAGCUGUAAAUCCCGGAGACAGCUGCUAUUCGGUGGGAAGCGUCAACGACAUCCCUUUUACUGCAUACGGGUCUGGCUGUGAUAUUGUCAUCCUCUCCAGUGAUUUUGAGUGCGUUCAGAUCAUCCCUGGGGCCCAGCAUGGCAACAUACAAGUGGGAUGUGUGGCAUGUUCUCAUCAGUUGGGAAGGAUUGCUGCCUCCUAUGGGAACACUGUGUGCAUCUUUGAGCCUGUCACUACCAACACAAACAAACGACACAAUCAGCUGAAUUACCAGUGGCACAAGACAGGCCAGUUUUUCCUCAGCGAUGUGACAUACAAUCUGGCCUGGGAUCCGCAAGGUAACCGGAUACUCGCAGCGACAGAGCAGCUGCAGCUGUGGGCCCCGCCCUCCGGUGACAUACUGGUGGAGGAAGAGGAGGGUCAGACUGGUGAAGAGAAACUCCACCCUGCCUUAAACGACUGGAAGUGCGUCUGGCAAUGCAAGACCGCCGUGCCUGUGCAUGUGAUGAAGUGGUCGCCUGACGGGGAGUAUUUCGCAACCGCGGGGAAGGACGACUGCCUGCUGAAGGUGUGGUACCCCACCACGGGGUGGAAGUCUGCGGUGGUGAUCCCAGAGCUGCUCGAGAAGAGGGCCACGCCCGUCCACUUCUCCUUCGUGUACCUGGCGCAUCCCCGCGCUGUCACCGGCUUCUCCUGGAGGAGGACCAGCAAGUACAUGCCCAAGGGCUCGGUGUGUAACGUGCUGCUCACCUCCUGCCUGGAUGGGAUCUGCAGGCUGUGGUCUGAGACCCUGCUGCCUGAGGACAGCCUGCUGGGGGGGCAGAUCUCAGAGGGCAGCAGCAGCAGCACCAGCCUGCCCCACCCAGGGGGGCAGAAGGACAAGAUCCAGCACGCUCUGGAGUCCAUCCACCACCUGAAGCACCUGCGUCGGGGCCGGAGACGCUCCUCUGCCCUGGCCGCCCACACCGAGCUCCUGCCCAGCCAGCUGGGGUCCCACGAGGUCCACCGCCACAUCUCCCACCACGCCAACGCCCUCUGCCACUUCCACAUCUCCGCCAGCAUCAACCCCAACACAGAUAUCCCCUCGGUCUUGUCGGGGACGUCGUUCCUGGCGGACGAGGCCAGCGGUGGGUUCGUGGUGCACUGGCUGAACAACAAGGACCUGAGCUUCACCAUCUCCAUGGACCUGUUCAUGCAGCAGCUGCGCAGGCUGUCCGAGACCCACCUGGAGUCCGGCAGCGACGGCCUGGACCAAGAUGGGUCGCAGGCCAAGUUUGACCUGGAUCUGGAUGAGAUGUCAGACAGAGGCUCUUCGGAGCAGGAGGAUGGAGAUCCUGAGGGUAGCACCAAGGCCUCCUCCCCCGGCUCCAGCGGCAGCUCGCCAUUACCCACAAUGCUGCUGGACAGGAAGUUGGAGGCGCUCACCCUGGAGUGGAACAAGAGCCCAGACAUGCUCUUCACCAUCCACCCAAUGGACGGCUCCUUCCUGGUGUGGCAUGUGAAGUACCUGGAUGAGUACAUCCCGGGAAUAUUCAGACAAGUCCAGGUGUCCUUCUCCUCACAGAUCCCUGUGGCGUUCCCCGCGGGCGAUGCUAACUCCCUGAGCAAGAACAUCAUGAUGUACGCCUGCACGUUCACCGAGCGGGAGUCCAGCUCUGCGCUGGAGCGGAGGCGGAAGGCCCAGCGCCUGCCCCAGAGCGCCUCGGGCUCCAGGGGGCUGGGGGGCCAGGCCGGGGGCCACUCGCUGGCCGCCCUCAUCGGCCCCGCCGUCAUGAUGGUGUCCAAGCACGUGGACGGCUCCCUCAACCAAUGGGCCGUCACCUUCGCCGAGAAGUCGGCCUUCUCCACCGUGCUGACCGUCUCGCAUAAGUUCCGCUACUGCGGACACCGCUUCCACCUGAACGACCUGGCCUGCCACACCGUGCUGCCUCUCCUGCUCACGUCCUCACACCACAACUCCCUGCUGACCCCGUCCGGCCGCAAGGAGGGUGGGGCGGAGGCGGGGGAGGAGGAGGAGCCGGGGCCGGGGCCGGGCACGCCGCAGAGGGGGGCGUCCCAGGUGGAGCUGAAGAACGUCGCCACACGUACCUUCCACGACCCCAACGCCAUCUACAGCGAGAUGAUCCUGUGGCGGGUGGACCACAUCGGCCCGCUGUCCUGCACCGGGGGGGUGUCGGAGCUCGCCCGCAUCAACUCCCUGCACACCUCCGCCUUCUCCAACGUGGCCUGGCUGCCCACGCUCAUCCCCAGCUCAGUCCUAGGUUCAUACUGUAAUUCGGCGAGCGCCUGCUUUGUGGCGUCUGACGGGAAGCACCUGCGGCUGUACCAGGCGGUGGUCGAUGCCCGGAAACUUCUAGAUGAACUGUCGGACCCAGAGACCUCGAAACUGGUGGGCAAGGUUUUCAGCAUCGUCAGCCAGCAGUCUACUGCCAGGCCUGGCUGCAUCAUCGAGCUGGACAUCAUUACAGAGCAGUGUGGGUCCAACACCCAGUUGCUCCACGUCUUCCAGGAGGACUUCAUUUUGGGGUACAGACCCCCUGAGGCUCCUCCAGACUGCGACCAGGGGUACUACCCUCCACCUUUCUCAGAAAAGUUCUUCCUGGUGGUGAUGGAGAAGGAUGGAGACUGCAGCACCACGCUACAGAUGUGGCAUUUGCACUUACAGUCAGUCCAGGCCUGCAUGGAUGGAGGUUUCGCGGAGCAGCUGUUUCAGAACCAGCUGGUGGUGCCGCUGCAGCAGGACGCCGCUGACUCCUCUCCGGAUGCCUCCCCUGGACAGAGCCCCCUCCCCCACUCCUCCUCCUCCGCCCACCUGCAGUCCGCCAGCAAGCUCAUCCUCAGCUCCCAGCUGGUGUACAGCCAGCGCCUGGAGCUGCCCGCUGGGGUGGAGGUCAUCCGCGCCACACCCUCUGCAGGGCAUUUGAGCUCCUCCUCAAUCUACCCGGUGAGCCUGGCUCCGUACCUGGUGGUGACCACGUGCUCGGACGGGCGCGUGCGAUUCUGGCGCUGCGGGGUGGAGGCGGGUGGGGACGGGGCCCGGGCGUACCGCUGGGAGCCCUGGGCGCUGAUGAAUGAGGAGCGUGACAGCGACAGCACUGUGAGCGUGCCCGGCCGCCCGGUGGCCGUCAGCUGCUCCUACACCGGCCGCCUGGCCGUGUCCUUCAAACAGCCGUUGCCGGGAGACGGCGGACACACGCUGGCUAAGGCGAGGCGGGAGUUCUCCAUGCACGUCUCCAUCUAUGAGUGCGAGUCUACCGGGGGUUCCGAGUGGGUGCUGGAGCAGACCAUCCACCUGGACGACUUAGUCGGGGGGUCGGACGGGGGCGCCCUGGACCCCCGCGUCAGCGUGGACAGUAACCUGGUGGUCUACAGCAAGCUGGACCUGCUGUAUGGGGGGGGCGGGAGCCGGAAGCACUUUGUCCACCUGGACUGGCUGUCCAAGGAGGACGGGUCCCACAUCCUGACGGUGGGCGUGGGCUCCAGCGUGCUGAUGUACGGGCGGGUUUCGGGCGUGGUGGGGGAGCAGACGGGCGGGGGGGAGGGCGCGGCCGUGGUGACCCUGCCCCUGGGGGGCAGCGUGAAGCAGGGGAUCCGGUCCCGCUGGGUCCUGCUGAGGGCCGUGGACCUGGCGUCCUCGGUGGACGGGACCCCCUCCCUGCCCGUGUCCCUGUCCUGGGUGCGGGAUGGGAUCCUGGUGGUGGGCAUGGACUGCGAGAUGCAGGUGUACGCCCAGUGGGGGCGGGACAGGAGGCCCGGGGAGGCGGAGAGCGACAGCCUGUCCUCGUCGGAAAACGUCACGGCGCAAGACGCGGACGCGGAGCCCCGGCCCAGGUCCAAGAGCAUCCUGGAGGCGGGGGAGGACGCCCUGAGGGCGCCGGCCGUCAGCCAGGACGGGAGCCUGUUCGAGGCGGCGCACUCGCUCUCCCCCACCCUGCCGCAGUACCACCCCACCCAGCUGCUGGAGCUGAUGGACCUGGGCAAGGUGCGGCGGGCCAAGGCCAUCCUGGCCCACCUGGUGAAGUGCAUCGCCGGGGAGGUGGCGGUGGUGCGGGACGUGGAGGCGGGGGAGGGCGGGGCCCGGCGGCACAUGUCCCGCACCAUCAGCGUGAGCGGGAGCACGGCCCGGGACGCCGUGCUGGCGGGGCGCGACGGCGGCCGCGACUACACCGAGAUCAACUCCAUCCCCCCGCUGCCGCUGUACGCCCUGCUCUCCGCCGACGACGACGCCUCCUACAAGCCCCCGGACGAGGCCGGGAAGGGCGCGGGGAAGGGCGCCCCGCGGGGGGGCGAGGCCCGGGCCGCGCCCGGCGACCAGUACGCGGACCUGUUCCAGGUGCCCGCCGUCAGCACCGACGACUUCGUCAGCUUCGCCGAGGAGAAGAAGGAGCGGAGGUCGCGGGUGAUCGACCUGUCGCAGUACGGGCCCACGUACUUCGGCCCUGAGCACGCCCGCGUGCUGUCCAGCCACCUGAUGCACUCCAGCCUGCCCGGCCUCACCAGGCUGGAGCAGAUGUUCCUGGUGGCGCUGGCCGAUACCGUGGCAACCACCGGAUCAGAGGUCAGCGGCUCCACGGACAAACAGUACACUGGUGGAGAGGCGUUGGACGAGUGUGGCCUCAGGUACCUGCUGGCGAUGCGUUUGCACACCUGCCUGCUGACCUCACUGCCCCCCCUCUACAGGAUGCAGCUGCUGCACCAAGGUCUCUCCACGUGUCACUUUGCCUGGGCCUUCCACUCCGAGGCGGAGGAGGAGCUGCUGUCCAUGAUCCCGGCGGUGCAGAGGGGGGACCCGCAGUGGGCAGAGCUCAGGGCCGUGGGGGUGGGCUGGUGGGUCCGCAACAUCAACACCCUGCGCCGCAUAAUGGAGAAGGUAGCCAAAACAGCGUUUCAGAGGAACAGUGAACCCCUAGAUGCUGCUCUCUUCUACUUGGCCAUGAAGAAGAAGGCAGUGUUGUGGGGGCUAUUCAGAUCCCAGCACGACGAAAAGAUGACCCAGUUUUUCAGCCGCAACUUCACCGAGGACAGAUGGCGAAAGUCGGCCCUGAAGAACGCCUUCGCUCUGCUGGGGAAGCAGCGCUUUGAGCAGGCGGCAGGGUUCUUCCUGCUGGCCGGCGCCCUCAAAGAUGCCAUCGAGGUUUGCCUGGAGAAGCUUGAGGACAUACAGCUAGCGAUGGUAGUGGCUCGUCUGUAUGAGUCAGACUACGAGAGCUCGUCCACCUGUCAGGGCGUUCUGUACGAGAGAGUGCUGGGCUGCAGCAGGGACGGCUCUGGCUUCAGCUGCACCAGGCUGCAUCCUGACCCCUUCCUGCGCAGCAUUGCCUGCUGGGUAAUGAAGGACUACUCCAGGGCUCUGGACACGCUUCUGGAGCAGACCCCGAAGGAGGAGGAUGAGAAUCCUGAGGUGAUGGUGAAGUCGUGCAACCCCACAGUCUUCAGCUUCUAUAACUACCUACGCACGCACCCCCUGCUGAUGAGACGCCACUUUGCCUGCCCCGAGGGUGCCCCGGCUGCCCUGGGCCUGACCUCAGAGCGAAGUGGUGCGGACGAGAUCAACCUGAUCGAGCGCAAGCUCUUCUUCACCACUGCCAACGCCCACUUCAAGGUGGGCUGCCCCGUGCUAGCCCUGGAGGUGCUGUCCAAGAUCCCCCGGAUCACAAAGAAGACGGGGGCCUCCCGGAGUGAAGGUCCCUCGCUGGCCAGCGAAGGCCCCAUCCAGCCCAUGCAGAACGGCGGGAGGGCCCAGCCUGCGCCCUCCGGUGGCUCGGACUCGUCUGCGAUGUUGGACUGGAGCCAGCCCGCCAGCACGGUGGAGGAUGAGGGCCUGAAGCUGGACUGGGGCGAUGAUGAGAAUGACGAGGACGACGAAGACGAGGAUGGCGGGCUGACCAUGAAGAAGAGCCCGGCGGAGGAGGCCGAGCCCCAGACGGGGCCCCCGGGGCGGGCCGGGGCGCAGCAGAGGGGGGACUCGGGCGCGGAGGCGGAGGUGGACGUGAUCGCGGAGCAGCUGAAGUUCCGGGCCUGCCUGAAGAUCCUGAUGACGGAGCUCCGCACGCUGGCCACGGGGUACGAGGUGGACGGGGGCAAACUGCGCUUCCAGCUCUACAGCUGGCUGGAGAAGGAGAUUGGCGCCAUGCACCGCGUCUGCAACCACCGGGCCGAGGCCCGGCCGGAGGCCUGGAGCGGGUCCGCGGGGAGGGAGGGAGAGGGGGACGAGGGCCGGGCGGAGUGGGACCAGCCCGCCUCUCUGGACCACACCGAAGGGGGGGCCUACGAGCGCCACCAGCUGGAGCGGCGCCGCCUCCAGGCCAAGCAGCAGCACGCCGAGAGACGCAAGGCCUGGCUGCGGAGGAACCAGGCCCUGCUCCGGGUCUUCCUCAGCUACUGCAGCCUGCACGGGGCCAAGGGCGGAGGAGUGACCUCCGUCAGGAUGGAGCUCAUAUUCCUGCUGCAGGAGUCCCAGCAGGAGACGACAAUGAAGCAGCUCCAGUCUCCCCUCCCCUUGCCCACCACGCUGCCCCUCCUUUCCGCCAGCAUCGCGCCCACCAAGACCGUCAUUGCCAACCCCGUGCUCCACCUCAGCAACCACAUCCAUGACAUCCUGUACACUGUUGUGCGCAUGGACACGCCCCCUCACCCCGACAUCAUCGACGACCGCGUUAACACACUGCACACACUGGCAGCAUCCCUGUCAGCCUGCAUAUACCAGGCCCUCUGUGACAGUCACAGCUACAGGUCGGAGGCCAAUCAGUUCACGGGGAUGGUGUACCAGGGUCUGCUGCUGAGCGAGAGACGCAGACUCCGCACAGAGAGCAUCGAGGAACAGGCCACGCCCAGCUCCUCCCCGGCACAUUGGCCAGGCGUGUCCUCCCUCAUCAGCCUGGCGGCGUCGGCGCAGGGGGAGGACCGGCCCCGGCUGAGCGUGAUGCUGUGCGAGGCGGUGGUGGCCGUCUACCUCAGCCUCCUGAUCCACGGUCUGGGCACUCACUCCAGCAACGAGCUCUUCCGCCUGGGCGCCCACCCCCUCAACAACCGCAUGUGGGCCGCCGUGUUCGGGGGAGGGGCCAAGCUGCUCGUCAAACCCAGGAGGCCCCCGGAGCCCAAGCCAGCCCGUAAAGUUAGUGUGGAAUCGGAGAGCAGGAGAGAUGAACAGGCUAAAGCAGAGUCUCCUGAGACAGAGAUCAAGGGUAGCUCUGAAGUGGCUCCACCCCCUGUGGAGGAGAUUGACAAGCACCGCAGGCGCUUCAACAUGCGCAUGCUGGUCCCAGGACGGCCGGUGAAGGAGACGCCGACCACACCCCCUCCAGUGCCUGCAGAGAGGCCUUCCUACCGGGAGAAGUUCAUCCCGCCGGAACUCAGCAUGUGGGACUACUUUGUGGCCAAACCCUUCCUGCCCCUGGCGGACAGCGGCGCUCUGUACGACUCAGACGAGAGCGGAGUCAGCGAGGACGAGGACGACGAAGACGCCUUCCUCUCCGACACACAGAUCACCGAGCACAGCGACCCCAAUUCAUACAGCUGGACUCUCAUAAGGUUAGCCAUGAUCAAACUGGCCCUGCACAACAUCAACAACUUCCUGCCUAUAACAGGACUGGAAUUCUCAGAGCUGCCGGUGACCUCCCCUCUGGUGAACGCCUCGUUGAAGAUGCUGGAGAACUGGGAGCACCUGCUGCUGGAGAGGAUGAACAAAUUUGACGGGCCUCCACCCAACUACAUCAACACCUACCCCACGGACCUGAGCGUGGGAGGGGGCCCCGCCAUCCUGAGGCACAAGGCCAUGCUGGAGCCAGAGAACACACCCUUCAAGGCCAAAAACCACCAGUCUUUCCCCGAAAGGCGUCUGUGGCACUUCCUAGUCAAACAGGAUGUUCUCCAGGAGACAAUGAUUCGCUACAUCUUCACCAGGAAGCGGAAACAAAGUGAGUCUUCAGACGACCUUGUGGACCAACUCAAACAAAACUGCAUAUCAGGAAAUGGCAAAUUCCAAAAGGUGGAGGCUGAUCUGGGCUACCCAGGAGGCAAGGCCAAGGUCAUUCACAAGGAAGCCGAUAUUAUCAUGGCAUUUGCCAUUAACAAGGCUAACACCAAUGAGAUUGUGCUGGCGUCCACUCACGAUGUGCAGGAAGUGGACGUGUCCGCCCUGCUGGCCGCCCAGCCCUACACCUGGAUCGGAGAGGAGUUCGACAAGGAGUCCCGCACCAGCUCUGACGACACGGACUACCGUUCCUCCCACACCAACAUCGCCCAGGCCAGCGCCCCCCCGCUCAUACCCGCCUCACCGUCCAUGCCCUGGCUGGGCAGCGGGCAGACGAGCACGGGCGCUAACGUGCUCAUCAAAAGGAACUUGAAUAAUGUCAAGAGAAUGACCUCCCAUCCAAUUUACCAGUAUUACAUGACCGGGGCGCAGGACGGCAGCGUGCGCAUGUUCGAGUGGAGCAGGCCCCAGCAGCUCAUCUGUUUCCGCCAGGCCGGCAACGCCAGGGUCACCAGGCUCUACUUCAACUCCCAGGGAAACAAGUGUGGGGUUGCCGAUGGUGAGGGCUUCCUCAGCUUGUGGCAGGUCAACCAAACAUCCUCCAGCCCCAAACCUUACUUGAGCUGGCAGUGUCACACCAAAACCUGCGGUGACUUCGCCUUCAUCACCUCCUCCAGCCUGAUCGCCAGCGCCGGUCUGUCCACUGACAGCAGAAACGUCUGCCUUUGGGACACCCUGAUUUCUCCCAAUAAUUCUCUGGUACACGCGUUCCCCUGCCAUGAGAACGGGGCGACCGUGCUGCAGUACGCCUCCAAGCAGCAGCUCAUCCUCUCGGGCGGCAGGAAGGGCUUCGUCUGCAUCUUCGACAUCCGGCAGCGGCAGCUGCUGCACACCUUCCAGGCCCACGACUCCGCCAUUAAGGCUCUGGCCCUGGACCCCGCCGAGGACUCCUUCAUCACCGGCUCCGCUGAGGGAAACAUGAAGGUGUGGAAGCUGACGGGCCACGGGCUGCUGCACUCCUUCAGCUCCGAGCACGCCAAGCAGUCCAUCUUCCGCAACAUCGGCGCGGGCGUCAUGCAGGCAGAGACCUGCCCCGGCAACCGAAUCUUCACCUGCGGAGCCGACGGCACCCUCAAAAUGAGGGUCCUACCGGACCGCUACAACAUCCCCGCCAACAUAUUCAACAUCCUGUGACACUCCAAACGGGAGGGAAGGGGGGGGGGGCCCCGCACCCGCACCCGUGCCCAAACGUCUUUCAGCCGUCACUGCCUCCGCCCCCCCCCAACACCC